GUUUCACAAGAAUUCCAAAAUGUAAUGAUUGCUCUUGGUGAAUUCAUGAAUGUUCAAUGUCAUGCCUGUAUUGGUGGACGAAAUUUGGGAGAAGAUAUUCGUAAACUAGAUUAUGGCCAACAUGUUGUCGCCGGAACACCAGGUCGUGUGUUCGAUAUGAUUCGACGUCGUAAUCUUCGAACACGAUCCAUCAAAUUAUUGGUAUUGGAUGAAGCUGAUGAAAUGCUGAACAAAGGAUUCAAAGAACAAAUCUAUGAUAUGUAUCGUUAUCUUCCACCAUACACUCAGGUUGUAUUAUUUUCCGCUACAUUGCCACAUGAAAUUCUUGAAAUUACAUCGAAAUUCAUGAAAGAUCCGAUUCGUAUUCUGGUUAAACGUGAUGAAUUGACACUGGAUGGUAUAAAACAGUUUUUCGUUGCUGUCGAACAUGAAGAAUGGAAAUUCGAUACAUUAUGCGAUCUAUAUGAUACGUUAACCAUAACACAGGCCGUCAUUUUCUGUAACACUAAACGUAAGGUCGAUUGGUUGACCGAAAAGAUGAAAGAGGCAAAUUUUACUGUUUCAUCAACGCAUGGCGAUAUGCCGCAAAAAGAACGUGAUUCAAUCAUGAAAGAAUUUCGUCAAGGCAAAAGUCGUGUAUUGAUUACCACUGAUGUAUGGGCUCGUGGUAUUGAUGUUCAACAAGUAUCAUUAGUCAUCAAUUAUGAUCUCCCAAAUAAUCGUGAGCAAUAUAUCCAUCGAAUUGGUCGAUCUGGUCGUUUUGGUAGGAAAGGUGUGGCAAUAAAUUUUGUCAAAUCGGAUGAAAUCCAUAUUUUACGAGAUAUUGAACAAUAUUAUUCCACACAAAUCGAUGAAAUGCCAAUGAAUGUAGCCGAUUUAAUCUGAAAACAAAAAUAAUCCUUUAUCAUAAUCAACAACAACAUUCAU